AGCAGGUCGAUUUGGUGUUUGUUUGUCACCCUCGAGACUAUAGACUUACUGCAUUCAGAUUCUCGUGCUCGUAUUCUUUGAUGUGUACAUCCUCCGCAAGAGUAAAGAUUUAGUGCAUUGAGAUAAUCAUUUUCAUAUUUGUUGAUGUGCUCAGGAGGAAUACAUGUAGAUGUAAGAGCUGAGUUUUUUGUUGGUGUGCUCGUGUAUGUGGGUAUUAGAGUCUUCUUGUUUGUGGUUGAUCAUGAUUUUAGAUGCCAGCUAGGUAUUCGAGAACAAUAUGGGCAAGAAUAGAUUGGAGAAGCGACAGCGUGACGCAGCGAAAUUAUUGAAUCAAGAAAAUCAUGAGCAAGUAGUCGUCGGCGCAGGAAGUGAAGUUGUUCCUCCACCUCCCGUAAUCCCACAAGCACCAGAUUUAGAGGGUCCAAUUUGUUACUGUCCGGCACCCUUUGAAGAACUUCGUGUGCAUGAGGGAGAGUGCUCGAGUAAACGUGGUGUAGAAAAUCGAACAUCAACUGAGGAGCACUCGUAUUUGUCCGGUGCGUUUCCGCAAAUCAAUAAAUCAUCUACGAAUCUUUCUUCGGAGUUUUUGACUUCCACGACGUUCACUGGCAUUCAAGCAUCCUGUUCAUCUAUCUUUCCUGGUGGUUUAACGGCUCAGGCGUCCACAGGGUCAGGAGUGGACUCAAGCUCGAAUAAUUUAUUUGGAAGUGGUUCGCCAUUAGUGUUUGCUCCUCUUUUGCUAAGUGGACUGGGUGCUGGUGUCAACUUGUACAAGUAUACGAUAGAUUACAGAUCAAUUGGAGGUCCUCUGGUUAGCUUCUAUUCUCACAUACUAGCAGAACAGCCUCCAGCACAAAUAGACUUGGCGGCUCAGUUUUCGUCAGUGGUGCCGCAGUCUGUUUCGACAUUCGAUCAACAUCAACAACAGCAAGCUCAUCACCAAGUACAAUAAGAUGUCCAGUAAGCGUGAGGCGGAGGACUUGUUGGCUGGUUUGUCGCCCGAACAGAAGAAGCGUUUGAUCGAGCUUGCAACAUCCUCUGUCGCUGAUGGAGGAGUAAUGAGUACGAAUACUCCUGGUGCAACUAGUAGUACUACUAUUAUGGAGAAUCCAUUAGACCAAACUAUUUCUGCUACGCAAGUAGAUUUUGGGGCGUCGUCUACGCAAGCACAAGCUGUUGGGGUGUCGUCUACGCAAGCAGAUGUUGACGUGGAAGAGGUUCUAGGAGGUGGGGAAGGAGGAGGAGAGCCUCUCGUUGAGGAGGUGCAUGAAGCUGUAGCUGUAGAAACAGUUACUCCACAGUUGACUGCAGCAGAAGAAGCCUAUCGCAAUAGGGCAAAGGCUGUUUUUCCAGAUGUGUCGAUGGAGUGCAACGUUAUGCGGGUAUUAGUUUACGUGUAUAUCGAGGAGGUGACUGACUAUGAUUUUUCUUUUUGUUUUUUCAAAAGCCACCUGCGUCUUCAAUGAAAUAUUCUCCUUAGUGAUUUUAUUUACCUCUUAAUUUUUCUCUUUAUCAGUUUAUGAUUCAAACGAUGGACCAGAGCAGAGCGGACCGGCAGGCGAAUGGUUUGCGGCAGUGGAAUGAGAUGGAAGUAGCGCAGGAUUGUAUAAAGAAAAUGCUCGGAUAUCCUCAUCUCCAGGAUUCGGUUCACGAUAAAUACGAUUUUUGUAAUGAUGUGCGAGGGGAGUUGGAAAAUGGACGAGUGGAGUAUUUCUAAUUUUUCGUUGUUUUUCUUUCGAUUAAGAUUUUUCUUAUUUAUCUUCAGAGGCUCUUUUAACAUUUUGUUAUUUGUCUCCAAUUGUGAGUGGAGUCGAGAAUAUUUCUAUAUUAUUGAUCUUGGUGUGGUCAUUCCUCUCAACAAUAUUGAUCUUCCUUUCAAAAAUAUUUAUCAUCAGUGAGUUGCUCGAGCUCGAAAUUUGCACGGAAUAUGACAUGAAAAUUUGGCGCAAGAUGGUUCAAGGAGGAACGGAAAAGGAAUGGUGUGACUACAUGCCAAGUGAGGUACUGCAGGGAUGUUUGAAAGUGUAUGCUGUAGUCAAACUUUGUUUGAAUCGUUUCCCUUCAGUUUUUUUAGUAUGGAUUAUAGUUCUUUUUAAAAUUUUCUUCUACAGCGGGCGCAUUUGACUAAGCUGAUGAUUUUGUCGAUUUUUGUGCGACGUCACGAAGAGGAUAUUUUAGCACAUGUGGGAGAGGAUCCACAAACGAGGAAGCAUUUUGUCGCGUCGGUCUACAUGAUUUUGUUCUUAAGAUGUUCGAAUGUAGUUUCCUCUGGAGCACAUUUGGGAGGAGUGACUACUAGUAAGGAAUGAUGGAAAGUCCUUCCUGGUUUAUGUAUUUCUACGCUACGAUCAAACUAGUUCUCUACGAUCAAACUAGUUCUCUAAGAGAAGCUGGAAAGCCGAGCUUUGGAGAUGAGCAUCGGAGUCGCUGCGGGAACGCGCUCCGACGGACUAAAUUCAAGGGAGAUGGAUCCAAACCGUUGUCCUGGAAUUUCAUAGCAUAUCUCGUGAUGCGUAUUUGCAGCACAAUGGAGCAGAAAUUGGUGUUCUCUGCCUACAGAGAGGUUACAUGGUAAUAAAUUAAUUCUUGUUUUUUUUCGUUCGUGUUUGUAAUUUAGGUUCUUGAUUGAAAAAAUAAUCUUUGAGUAUUUUGCUUCGAUGAUAUUCUUGAACAAGUCCAAGCGCCAAGACUAAUUUUAUCCUUGAACAAUGUUCAGGGGUCGAGCUCGAACGAAUUAAAGAUGACAAACGAUCUUUGGGAGGAAUAGAGGCGCUCUGACGAGUAUUUCCACUGCAAGACUUUACUUUUAUGGAAUUGUUCUUAAAAAAAGAUUAAUAGGAGUUCAUUCGUAUAUAUCACUGACGUAAUUCCUAUAGAUGGAGGCUGUACUCUAUAGGUUGAUCCUUUGACACGUUCUUUGUAAUUCCUGCUGUAAUGAUUUAGUUAUCGUAGGUUGAUGACGAUGGAGAGGCGUGAUGAUGAGGAAUUGGAAACUUAUAACCUUCUGUAGUAUGUCUCUGCUUAAUCAUUGAGUUGCUCCAUUCUUGUAGGAUGAAUAAUUGUGAGGAGGAAGUAAGGAUGGAAGUUGUAGGUUCUUUCGAGUCGUGGAGAUUCUGAAUAAAUGCAUCGAGAUAUAAUGGUCAUGAUAUGAGUGUUUGAGCAGAUAUAGCAACAAAAUUUCUGUAUGAGAAACGUCAUCUGGAUUGUACGACUGAGAAUUGUGGGAACGUGGUUCAUCAAGAAUCAUUUGAUUAUGGAUGGUGAAAAGUAUCAUUUUUGGUAUGUAUUCGAAUUGCUAUCCUUUUUCGCAGGCGAAGAGGAGUUCUCUUGUUUUAUCCUUCUCGUUUUUCCUAAUAAUUUUUUGAAGUAAGAAAUAUUCUUCACUAAGCUGGUUUUUUAGUGUACGCACUUGCUGUUGACGAGAUUGAUUCUUGCUCGUGUUGAUACUUCGAAUUUUAAUCAUCCGCUCUGCAGUCAUUCUUUCAGUGUUAGAUUUGAGAACAUCGAUACUUUUGUUGUUGUUGUGCUCGGCGAGUUUGAUCAUAUUGGCUGCUGAAGAAGCAGGAAAGCUGUUCGUCCUUGGUCCUGCAGCUUGAUUUCGG